GGAGGGGCAGAGAGAGGUGAGUGGUGGGAAGGAGCGAGCAAGCAAGCAAGUGAGCAAGCGACAGGGAGAGUAACUCCGAAGUCAAGUCCCGCUGAAUUCAGGAAGCCUUGUGGCCUGCCAAGUCAACGCGCAGCAGAGAGGAUCAGUCACGAGCCAUUUCCACCCGGAUCGGGGUCAGUGACGCGUUUCCCCGCAGGAGUGCCCAAUGAAGGCUGGCCGCAGCGUGGCUUCUUCCACACGCACAUUGGAACGUAGAUAAACAGCGUUGCGACACAUCUUUCCAGGAGCCGCGGGGAAAACCUCCGCUUCCUCCUUCUCCCAUAUUUGUCCUGGUGAUUUGCAUAGAGCCGCCUUUCACGGUUGGUGGGCGGAGCGAUGCGAACAAACCCGAGAGCUGGGUGUGGAAGGGAGGUGAGGGCGAGUUGUAAGAGUGGCUGCGCGCGUUGGAGGGGACGAGGCGGCGGCGUUGUUGUUUAGGUUCAUUCAUAACUCGUGCAUGAUGCCGAGGAUGGGCGUCCUCCUCACCAGCAACCCGGCUUGAGGGGCCCGGCCGACUUUCCUCUCCCCUGCUCUGCAACCCUGGAGACGAUGAUUCCAGAACGGACCGAGGUGGCUUGGAGCCCAGCAGGGAAAGACAAGGAUUCCUUUGAAGCUCUGUACAAACGAGGCAGCUUGUUGGGCAAGGGUGGCUUUGGCACGGUCUAUGCUGGUCACAGGAUUGCUGAUGGACUGCAGGUUGCGAUCAAACACAUUGCCAGGAACAAGGUGGCAGAAUGGGCACAUCUGCCGAAUGGGACAGUGGCACCUCUGGAAGUGGCGCUGAUGAAGCGUGUGUGCUCAGGGGCCGGGCACUGUGGGGUGAUCCGGCUCUUGGAUUGGUAUGAAGUGCCCGAAGGCUUCUUCCUGGUCCUGGAGAGGCCCGAGCACUGCCAGGAUCUCUUUGACUAUGUGACCGAGCAGGGGCCUCUGCCUGAGAAGCUCUGCCGGCAGUUUUUCCAGCAAGUGGUGGAAGCCGUGGGCCACUGCCAUGCCCAAGGGGUGGUGCAUCGCGACAUCAAGGACGAGAACAUUCUGGUGGAUGUGCGCACUGGCAGCCUCAAGCUGAUUGACUUUGGUUCUGGGGCUGUGCUGGGGGAUUCUGUCUACACAGAGUUUGAUGGUACACGUGUGUACAGCCCACCAGAGUGGGUGGCCUUCCAGCAAUAUCAUGCUCUCCCAGCAGCUAUCUGGUCACUGGGGAUCCUGCUGUAUGAUAUGGCAUGUGGUGAUAUCCCCUUUGAGCGGGACGAGGAGAUCCUGGCUGCUAACGUGCAGUUCCGCACCCCUAUCUCUGCUGAAUGCCAAGAUCUUAUCCGAUGGUGCUUAUCUCCAGAUCCUUCUGAACGGCCAACACUGGAGCAGGUGCUUUUGCAUCCGUGGCUAAAACUUGACCCCCUCCUUCAGCCUGAAGAACUGCAGAACUCUGCACCUCCUAGCUUGUAACAGCAAUGGUGGAGAGACUGAAAUGCGGGGUUUUUUUGCCUCCUCCUCUUCUGAGAUGGGGUGGAGGUGGUGCUAUUGACUCCAACUGAACCUCGGGCAGCUAGGCUUGCUCACUGGCUGAGAAAGAGUUAACCUGGUUCUACAGGUUUCUUACAAACUGGACUAGUUGACCAGAGGGAACUAGAACUGGCGGGGGGGUGGGAGAACCCUGGUGUCCAAGUUUGAAGACCCUUCAGCUCCUGAAAUGAUGUUUGAAUUCUGGCCUGUCCAGGGAACAGACAUCUCUAGAAGUGUAAAUACUUGUGUAUUGCGGUUUGCUAGGACUCCUCCAGCCUUUAAGGAGAAAAGGAUUUUGGGGUAGAUUUCUGCUUUCUCAUUUGUUUAGCCUUUUGGGGUUGAGCAGCAGGCAGAAUCCUGAGUGUGUGUAUAGUUUUUGUUCUUGGUUUACAUGAAUGAGUGUGUGUGUGUGUUUCAUCCUUUAUUUUUAAAGGAAGUACUUGUGCACAAAAUUCCACACCAGCAAAAUAUGUAUUGAAAUCUAUUUAAUAAAAAUACUACCUUGUCUGAAA